AAAAAGCAAACACUGUCGUAAUUUAUUUGCCGUAAAACGUACAAUAAUUCGUGGCCCAAAAUCAUUUGCUGGGAAGUGUAACUUUGUUUUGUGUAAAAUUUCCAACAUUUAUUUGUUGUCAUAGGUGCUAAACCAAUGUGAUGGACAGGAGAGCUGGGUUACAGCUAGGUGUACUGCUUUUGGCAGUUCCAGUUCAAUAUCUAGUCUCACAGUGGAUGUUCAGUACAGAAUCUCAGAGGAGUUACGCAAUCAGGAACUUGAUAAAUGAAGCAUCAGGUUUGACUGAUGAUUAUUUCUCAUGGAAGUCCUGGAAAAAGUGGUGUGCUAAGAUUAUAAGCAACAUAUCACCCUACAACUCAAUGCCACAUUUUGAGGGUGAGGAUGAUCCCAAUGGAGAAUCUCCAGCUGUUGAAGUUAUUAAUCACAUGGACCCUAAAGGCUAUUUUGCAGGUUCAGUUGAACCAAGAACAUAUCGACCCCCGGAAGUAAAGUAUCGUAUAGGACAGGUCGUUAAACACAAGAGAUGGGGAUAUAGAGGUGUAAUAGUUGGCUGGGAUGAAUUAACAAAGGCUCCAGAAUAUUGGAUAAAACACAAUCAUCCACCUGGGAAAGAGCAUUGGAGAACACAACCAAACUAUGCAAUUUUAGUAGAUACUCGAGACAGACUGGCUCCACAGAUCACUUAUGUGCCACAAGAAAAUUUAGAAAUCAUCAUAAAUGUGCAGAUACUUCAUCCGAGUAUAGAAGAAUACUUUGAAAAAUUUGACGGAGCCCAGUACUUACCGCGACCCUGGCUAAAGGCGGUCUAUCCAUAUGACUACUGAGGGCACGUGUGUGUGAUAUAGCUCAUCUGUGAUCUGUGAUCUUCAAGGAUUUUUACACAAUUAUUCUUUUAAUGAUAUACUCCUCCAUCGACGAUUUACUGUCUGUUUCGGGUUUUGGCAAUCUCUCCUUUGAUUUCAGGGGUUUUGGGUUAGUUUGCUAAGUGCGUUAUUUUAUUGAAAUAUUGUUAUGCCCUCUCUUUGAAGAAAAGUGGGUGUAUUGUUUUGCUCGUGUCUGUUAGUUGAUUGGUUUUUCUUUAUAAUAAUAAUAAUUUGGUUUCUGAUAGAUACCUAGAGUGGGUUUUGUCCUACAAUUAGCAGAAUUUAUACAAUGAUUGUGUAUGGUCAAAAGGUGAUAAAUAAUUUGUUUUAGGGUCAGUAUGUCAAAGUCUCAGUGAAUUGAAAAAUGGUUUCUGACCAAUAUCUGGAAAAUGGUAUGAGCUACACUGAUCAAACUUAAAGGCCAUAGUGUAUAUGAAACUGAAAAUCACACUUCUAAUUAGUUAAGACCAGCCAUCAUGGGGUGCAUUUGUGUUUAACAAACAGCUUUUGGUUUGUGAUUUUUUAAUUUCUGAAAAAACUUCACAUUGCAAGAAGCUGCAGAAGGGUUAGUGAUUACAUUUUGUACAUAGAUUAAAGAUGUAUUUAAUUUAAAGCUGAAAAUCUAGUGAACAUUUCACUUUCAGUAAACACUGUAAAACAUUGCACUAGAUACCUUGCUUAAGGGCAUUGUUCUUAAAGGACACUUCGAAAUGAAAAAGUUUUCUGUUUUCGAAAGCAUUUUAUCAAGAUUUUAGAAGACUUUUUCAAAUAAAGCUGAUCCAUAAAUUGCAGGGUCAUUUUCAGGUGUGUUUAUUAGGGGUUUGUUACUUUGAAUAUGAGAAUGCAAAAACUUAUAUGAUUCUUUGUAAGAAAUAUUUGAGUAAAACAAUAUUUUAAAUACAUGUAUGUCUUACAGGUUAAAUUGAAAGUUAAAGCAUUGUUUUUUUGGUGUCAUGUUAGCAUAAGAAAUCAUUUUCAUAUCAUUUUUUUUUUCUUUUGUACUUGUUUUAACAAACACAGAAACAUUUAGGCAGAAAAUUUCCAGCCAGAUAUAUCGACAUAGAAUUACGUAACUGAAAUACUGUUGAAAAAUGGCGCUAAACUCAAAACAGAACUUCAUUUGCUAAUACUUAAUGAGCUCAUGGAAAUUUGUUGACCAGCCAUCAUCAUUUUUCAAUUAGCAACUUGAUCAAAUUUUCCAGAGUAGUAUCAGCAGUCAUUGAUCAUGAUGGAAAUACUUAUAUUGGCUGUAAGUAUGAAACAAAUAUGUUUAAUAUUGCGACUUUUCAAGCAAAUAUAAGGUAGACUGUAAUAAUAAGUGGUUUUAUGUUUAAGAGGGAAAAACUUAUGGCAAAUAUUUGUAAAAUCAUGUUAACCUAUUCAAUUACUUCCUCAUUGCUAAUUUACUCCUUCCGAAUGUGUUUUUCUCAGUUUCCUAUGUAUUUUUAGCUCACAUGUCACAAAGUGACAUGGUGAGCUUUUGUGAUCGCGCAGCGUCUGUUGUCCGUCCAUGCGUAAACUUUUGCUUGUGACCACUCUAGAGGUCACAUUUUUCAUGGGAUCUUUCUGAAAGUUGGUCAGAAUGUUCAUCUUGAUGAUAUCUAGGUCAAGUUUGAAACUGGGUCAACUGCGGUCAAAAACUAGGUCAGUAGGUCUAAAAAUAGGAAAACCUUGUGACCUUUCUUGAGGCCAUACUUUACAAUGGAUCUUCAUGAAAGUUAGUCAGAAUGUUCACCUUGAUGAUAUCUAAGUCAAUUCGAAACCGACUCAUGUGCCUUCAGAAACUAGGUCAGAAGUUCAAAUAAUAAAAAAACCUUGUGACCUCUCUAGAGGCCAUAUUUUUCAUGGGAUCUGUAUGAAAGUUGGUCUGAAUGUUCAUCUUGAUGAUAUCUAGGCCAAGUUCGAAACUGGGUCAACUGCGGUCAAAAACUAGGUCAGUAGAUCUAAAAAUAGAAAAACCUUGUGACCUCUCUAGAGGCUAUACUUGUGAAUGGAUCUUUGUGAAAAUUGGUCAGAAUGUUCACCUUGAUGAUAUCUAGGUCAAGUUUGAAACUGGGUCACAUGCCAUCAAUAACUAGGUCAAUAGGUCAAAUAACAAAAAAACCUUGUGACCUUUCUAGAGGCCAUAUUUUUCUUGGGAUCUGUAUGAAAGUUGGUCUGAAUGUUCAUCUUGAUGAUAUCUAGAUCAAGUUCGAAACUGGGUCACAUGCUGUCAAUAACUAGGUCAGUAGGUCAAAUAAUAAAAAACCAUGUGACCUCUCUAGAGGCCAUAUUUUUCAAUGGAUCUUCAUGAAAAUUGGUUAGAAUUUUUAUUUUGAUGAUAUCUAGGUCAGGUUCAACACUGGGUCACAUAAGCUCAAAAACUAGGUCAGUAGGUCUAAAAAUCUUGUGACCUCUCUAGAGGCCAUACUUUUGAAUGGAUCUUCAUGAAAAUUGGUCAGAAUGUUCAACUUGAUGAUAUUUAGGUCAAGUUCGAAACUGGGUCACAUGCUGUCAAUAACUAGGUCAGUAGAUCAAAUAAUAAAAAACCUUGUGACCUCUCUAGAGGCCAUAUUUUUCAAUGGAUCUUCAUGAAAAUUGGUUAGAAUUUUUAUUUUGAUGAUAUCUAGGUCAGGUUCAACACUGGGUCACAUAAGCUCAAAAACUAGGUCACAAUGUCAAAUAAUAGAAAAAAACGACGUCAUACUUAGUUUAAAACUGCGUCAUGUGGGGACAGGUGAGCGAUUCAGGACCAUCAUGGUCCUCUUGUUUAAGAAGAAACAAAUUUGACUGAGCUGUAAAUAUGAAUAUAGCACCUAUAACAACAGGCCCUAUAAAACAUCUGAUGGCAUUAUUUACUUAGUAUUGAAAUAUAUACUGAAACUUGAUCCGUUUAGAAAUUUAUGUCUGAAGUAAAUAAUUCCAGUUAAGAAAUAACAAAUUUAAUAUUUUUAAUGUAAAAAUUGUAAAUAGUUUCAAAAUGCCAUAAUACUUUGUAAAUAUUGAUACUUGUACAUGUCAGGAGAUAACACAGAAACAGUUUGAUUAUUGUUUAUGCUUUGACUUGUUAUACCUGUGAAAUAGUUACAUGUGGAAAGAUGUCAUUAUUUGCCUUAUGGUAUUGUUGCAUUAGUGGUGUACAGUGAUUUUUGUGGGUUUAUUUAUUAUUUUUAUAAAGUUUGUAUAACAGAUGGAUUUGGUUUCAGAGCUACUAACAUUGCCAUUUGAAUAGUCACUAUUUGAGCCGUGCCGUUGGAAAACCAACAUAGUGGCUUUGCGACCAGCAUGGAUCCAGACCAGCCUGCGCAUCCGCGCAGUCUGGUCAGGAUCCAUGCUGUUCGCUAACAGUUUCUCCAAUUCCAAUAGGCUUUAAAAGCGAACAGCAUGGAGCCUGACCAGACUGCGCGGAUGCGCAGGCUGGUCUGGAUCCAUGCUGGUCGCACACCCACUAUGUUGGUUUUCUCAUGGUACGGCUCAUUUGAUUUUUAGCUCGACUAUUCGAAGAAUAAGUAGAGCUAUCCUACUCACCACGGCGUCGGCGUCGGCGUCACACCCUGGUUAAGUUUUUCGUACCAGUUCACAUUUUGACAAAGUCUUUUGAGAUAAAGCUUUGAAACUUUCAACACUUGUUUACCAUCACCAUGUCCAGUUAUAGGCAAGAGUACAUAACUCUGUCAAGCAUUUUGACUGAAUUAUGGCCCCUUUUGACUUAGAAAUCUUGGUUAAGUUUUUCGUACCAGUUCAUAUUUUGACAAGUCUUUUGAGAUAAAGCUUUGAAACUUUCAACACUUGUUUACCAUCACCAUGUCCAGUUAUAGGCAAGAGUACAUAACUCUGUCAAGCAUUUUGACUGAAUUAUGGCCCCUUUUGACUUAGAAAUCUUGGUUAAGUUUUUCGUACCAGUUCAUAUUUUGACAAAGUCUUUUGAGAUAAAGCUUUGAAACUUUCAACACUUGUUUACCAUCACCAUGUCCAGUUGUAGGCAAGAGUACAUAACUCCAUCAAGCAUUUUGACUGAAUUAUGGCCCCUUUUUGACUUAGAAAUCUUGGUUAAGUUUUUCGUACCAGUCCACAUUUUGACAAAGUCUUUUGAGAUAAAGCUUUGAAACUUUCAACACUUGUUUACCAUCACAAUAUCCAGUUGUAGGCAAGAGUACAUAACUCCAUCAAGCAUUUUGACUGAAUUAUGGCCCCUUUUGACUAAGAAAUCUUGGUUAAGUUUUUCGUACCAGUUUAUAUUUUGUGUAAAGUGUUUGACAUAUGGCUUUGAAACUUUUAUAUCUUGUUCAGUAUAAUAGUCUCUAUCAAUAGGCAAGAGUACGUAACUUUCUCCUCUUUUUUGGCUGAAUUAUGGCCCUUUUUGAACUUGGAAACUGGUUCUGUUUUGUAUAUGUCCAUGUUUUGUCAAGACUAUUUGACAUAUGUCUUUUAAACUUUAAACACUUGUUUAUCAUUAUGAUUUCCAUCUCUAGGCAAGAGUACAUAACUCUGACAACUAUUUUGACUGAAUUAUGGCCCUUUUUGGACUUUCAAAUUUGUUCAGUUUUUCUUACAAGUCAGCGUUUUGUCAAAACUAUUUGAACUGUGGCUUUGAAACUUUUAACACUAGUUUAUCAACAUGAUUUCCAUCUGUAGGCAAGAGUACAUAACUCUGUCAACUAUUUUGACUGAAUUAUGGCCCCUUUUGGACUUGGAAAUUAGUUAAAUUUUUCAUAUAAGUCCAUGUUUUGCCUAACAUAUAACUUAACAUAUUUGCCAUCAUGGUCACACAUUGCCAUUUAGUGCAAGACUAAUCGAAAUCCACAAAUACAGGAACAUUUUUUGUUUAAUCCAUUUUUUUGUUUAGUCUGAAAAUCUAUGGAAAUAUUUUGACCCCAUUCUUCAAUCAAUUCUUCGAAUAGUCGAGCGCGCUGUCAUCCGACAGCUCUUGUUAUGUUUGUUACAAUGAGCUCUAGGGCCUUCAUGGCCCAGUUAUUGAGGUCACUGUCUUUAAAUCCCUGGCCCUUCACCACUGUCUGUUUGAAACCUCAAAGUCUAGAAUUCUUUCAACUGAGGAAGCUAUCCAGCUAGCUAGCAAAAGGCUGUUGGUUCUACCUCAGUGCCCUAUGGUACCUAAAAUAAUUUACAGAGGGGUACCAAGUGUCUUCCUCAAUUUUCAAAAGCUGGAAAAUUGCCUUUUGACCUUAAGUUGUCCUUGUGACAUAAAACCCAACAAAAUAAAUUGAUACAAACUGUAUUGAGCUGUGUUUUAUAUACAGAUACUGCAUUUAUUUACAACUUGUUGUAUUGAUACACUGUACAGUAAUUGUUCUGGACUUUCUGUGCCAGGUGUAACAAAAAAUUAACACAUACUAAUGGCUAAGAUGCUAGUAUGAUUACUCUUCAAAAAAUAACAUUGUUAGAUGAAAUGACCUUACCAUCUCCUUCCUGUUUUACUGCAGAAGACAUUAUUUUUGAUGCCACUUACUGUAUUUCAAAACUUUUCCACAAGUUUUGUUCUUCUCUCUCUCUCUCUCUCUCCCCCCCCCCCCCCACCCCCACACAUCCCAAACACACAUAUAAAUUUCAUAUUAAGGGAAAAUGUUUCAUAAUAUCAUAAACCUUAAGCUUAUUAUAAACUUUAUUGUAGUUUAAACAUUGACACGACUUUGAGUCGGUAAUCAAUAUGCACCAUGACAGUUUCUUGAAUGAGUACAAGCAUUUUAAACAUUUAUGCUUAAAGUAAUGGACUUUUUAAUGGUGUUAAGUUUUCUACAUACACUGUUUUUCCAUUUAAGAACAUUAAGGUAGCUGAUGCCAUCACAUGAUUUUCCACAGAAAUAUAUGUGAUCAAAUUGAAAUUGCUGCAUGACACGGGUUCACAGGCUUAAAGGAUAAGAUAGUAAACAUUGUUGUGCCAGAAGUGUUAAAUUUGAAGUAAUCUGAAUUAAGUUACAGUGUGUUUUAGAAAGAAUCAUUUCCAUUAUGUAAACAUAUCAGCCAUUCAUUUGUUCACUUCGUGCCUUAACAGUCUUCAAAAUUGAUUUCAGUAUUUUACUUGCCAUUUGGGCAGUUAAUAGAAAGAAAAUCACAGGCUAAAGAUGGUUUUACUUGCCGGAUAAUUAUUGUCCUUAGAAAAAAAAACUGCCAAAUAUUGUCCUUAGAAGAAAUCUUACCUAUUAGUAAAUGAAUUUCAAGAAAAUAUAAAAUUAUGUCCAAACUCUUUUUGCUUACCAUAGGCAUUUGGACAAAUUUGAAGUUUGACAACUGCCUUUGAAUGAUAAAAUUUAGCGUUUGAUGUGUACAUAGAUUGAAACUAUUGGAAUUUUGUGUUUUAGACAUAUGGUUCAAAUUUGUAGAACUAGACCUGUAUCUUCUUUAAGAGACAAGUUCGUUCAAGUAUUUUUUAAGUGGUUAACACUUCCUUUCUUCAGUUUGUGAACAUUUACUUACUGAAAAGAUACAUUUAAGCCGUGCCAUGGGAAAACCAACAUAGUGGGUGUGCGACCAGCAUGGAUCCAGACCAGCCUGCGCAUCCGCGCAGUCUGGUCAGGCUCCAUGCUGUUCGCUUUUAAAGCCUAUUGGAAUUGGAGAAACUGUUAGCGAACAGCAUGGAUCCUGACCAGACUGCGCGGAUGCGCAGGCUGGUCUGGAUCCAUGCUGGUCGCACACCCACUAUGUUGGUUUUCCCAUGGCGCGGCUCAUUUAAGCACUAUAUUCAAUGUUCAAUGAAAAUGUCAUAAACUGUAAAGUCUAGUUUCUUGUUUAGGUGUUAGAAUAUUGUAAAUGGGGAUCUUGUAUUUUUUUACACAAAAUAGUUGCUCAUACAGUUUUAAGUUUAACCUUAAGACUGCUGGUGGCAAAUGAUUUUGCAUUUGCAAACAGUGCAGACCAAGAUCAGCCUGCACGGACAUAGUCUGCAGUGUUCGCUAUUCAGUCAGUAAAUUUUCAGUCAAUGCCCCUUCGAAUAAUAAAUGGUACUGCCCAAAAUGAAUGAUGGACCAGUCCAUUUUAGAAAUUUAGCAGGCUAAAGGUUAAACUUUGAGAAAUGGAUAUUAUGUGCUGUAUAUAUAUAUUAGACUUUUUGAUGUAGUGUUGUUUUAUACCAAGUAAAACUUACAAAAGCUUGUAUGUAAUCGUGUAGGUUUUUAUCUGAAAGGCCAGGUUCCUUUCAUGUAUUGUAUAUCACAGUUUCUUUUUAAAACUAAUUGAAAGCAUUUAUAUAUUAUAUAUAUUAUUAAUUGAAUGUUCCCAUAUUUUUCUGGUAAAGAAUGCUACAAGUUAACAGUGUAGAUUAUUCUGACUUUGUUAUUAUUCUGACUUUGUUAUAAUAUAGCAGCUAUUUUCAAAUAUCAUGAGAAAGUAUGAAUCAUUUGUAUUUUUGGAAAAUUUUCUGCUUAAAGCACUUCUGCACACAUAUAUUUGUAUACUGAAGAGAGUACUGUAUAGAUGUGGUUUGACGUCGACAGUGAUAACUGAGUAAUUUUAAAAUUUCAUCAGCAUUUAAACCAUUCUGCUUACAUAAUUUGGCUGUAUAAUGCAAAAAUCUCUGCAUUUAAGCACAGUCUGUGAUGUACCUUGGUUUGCAGGAUUGGGGUUUAAAGUGAAGAAUGACAGGUUUGAGUACACUUUUGAACUUUGAAAAUCAAGUUUAUAAUUGAUGUUGGGGAUGAGAAAGUAGUUUUAUCUGAUUGUACUGUUUUAAAGUUAGAUGAACAUUCUUUGAUUUAAAUUCUGUUCUAAUAUGUGUCACAAAGUAUUUGCAGUUAAUAUCAUGACAACAAAUUAUGUGAUCAGAGUCUAAGUUGAGAUGAUAAAAUGGGUUUUCUGUUUGUUGUUCUCUAGUAUAUUCUUUGUGUUUUUUGUCAUUAGUUUGUUCUCUAGUGUAUUUCUAGUCACCAGACUGAGUUGCUCAGUACUGCCCCAUUAUAUGGAUAAGCCAUUGGCUAAAUUUGGAAGUUUAGAGAAACAUCAUUUGCAUGGAUACAGAGCCCAGUAUCUGCUGUUCUGGAAACUGAAACAGUUUUAUCCAUAUGCAAGAUACAGAAUAGUCUGAUAUUAUAACAAAGCAGACCUGUGGAUUUUUGUCUGCUGGAUAAAGUUUUGAGCAGCUCAGUCUAAUAGAUCUUAUUUCAGUAACUAAACCAUAUGUGUUCUUAAAUGUACAUGUUUAUUGACUAUGUUCAGAUUUUUGAGAUCUUUUAGGUUUGUUAACAAGCACUUUAUGGGCUAGUUUUUCAUAAAGAUAUUUUUGUGGAAAAUCUAGAAAGGUUUUGAUAAGAGAAUUUUCUGUAUUCAUCCAGUUUAUUUGACGGGAUAUUCACUUUGCUGCAAAAUAAAGGGGCAGGGUCCUCUGAGAGCAUUUUGUAAUAAAAAGAGGGGAGUUAUUUUUCUUCUAAAGUUUUGUAAUGUCAUAAUGUGAAGAAGCCAUCCAGCCGGCUUGUAGAAGGUCAGUGGUUCGACUUGGGUGUCCGCCAUGUCUGAAAUAAGGCAGGAAACAGCACUGGGGGUCUUCCUCUGCAGUUUAAAGGUGGAAAGUUGCUAUUUUACCACAAGUGUGUCAGUGCAACUUUAAACCCUACAAAUUACACAUGUAAAACAAACACAGUGCAAUCGAGGAGCUAGUAAAUCCAUGUCAUAUUGUAGAAAUAUUUGUAUUUAUUGCUUUAUCAUUCCAUGUAAAACAAAUUCUGUUUGCAGUUUUGCUAGGUGUAAAUAGAUAAUGUACUUUAUAUGUUUAUGACUACUACUUGUUAUUAAAAAAGUAUGCAUUUAAUCAGCUUAUAUUAACUUUACAAACAUGUUUCAGUUUUAUUAGUCGGUAUACUGUCCUUUCAAAGUGACCCCGAGUAUAGCAUUAUCAGGUUUGCAUAGUAUCAUUGGUCAAUUAAUCAUUCUAAAGAUUUUGAUUGGUUGACCACCUAUAACCGUUCUCACUUAUCUUUUAAAGUACUGUAGAGCUGUCACUAUUAGGUAUAUAUAUAUAUAAUCAUAUUGUACAUAAAAUGUACACAGUAUUUAUACAGUUAUCCAGAUUUAAAUUUCUUUCUGUGUGUAUAUUUAAUAUACAAAUGUUUAUAACACUGUUCUUGGAAGUUUUGCACGUUAACAAAGCUGCUGUCAAUUAAAAAUUCAAAUAAAAAAUACAUUUUUUUUUUUUUUUUGAAAUUGCCGAUUGUUGGAAGUGACACAUAAAUCUAAAAGGCCAGCAGAUUAUUUGGCCCUAGAUAAUCAGUUUCUGACUUACCAAGAGUGUAGAAAUACCAGAAUGUAAAAUUAAUCCAAAGUUAUACCUGAAGUACAUAUGCAUUUUUCCACUCUCCCCCCCCCACCACACCCCAAAAAUUUUUGAGAGGCACUUAGGAGUUGCCCUUGUCAGAGCGAAUUUUUGUGACAUCAUGCAGAUCUUAAAAAGUAUUUCACCCAGAGACAACAAAACUCACAGCCAGGCCAGAGUUAUGGCCCUUGACUUAGUCAAAAUAUGCAUAAAUGGACUAAAAGUUUGUGUGGUAUGUAUCUUAAAGCAUAUCUGACAUAGGGUCAGGAAACAUGAUAGGAAUAUUAUUCAGCAUGUGAAGUUGUGCACCUGGGGUUUGUUUGGGAUUUCUUUUUGUCAGACCAGAGUUAUGGCCCUUGAUUAAGUUAAAAUAUGUAUAAAGGGCAUACAAGUUUGUGUCACAUGUAUCUCAAGAUGUAUUUGACAAUGAGUCAUGAAACAUUAGGGGAUUGUUAUAUAGCAUGUUAAGUUUUACACCUGGUGUACUGCUUGGGAUUUCUUCAGCCAGACCAGAGUUAUGGUCCUUGGCUUAGUUAGAAAUAAACAUUAAGUGUUUAAAAGUUUGUGUUGCAUAUAUCUUAUAAGAGUAUUUCACCUAGAGUCAUGAAACCAUGUAGAAUAUUGUUCAACAUGCAGAUUGGUGCAUCUGAGUUUUUUUUUUUUAAUUUCAUUUAGCAAGACCAGAGGUAUGGCCCUUGACUGAUAGUAAAAACAUGCCUAAAAGUAUAUGUCACAUGUCUCUCAAAAUAUACAUGACCUGUAGUCAGAAAAUGUGAGGUUAUGCACCUAGACCAGAGUUAUGGUCCUUGACUUAAUGAAAUGUACAAGAAAGUGCUUAAACAUUUGUGUUCCAUAUAUCUGAAAAAAUAUUUAGUCAUGAAACCAUGUUCAGUGACAGGCAGUUGGGACACCUGUUUCCUAUGGACACACAUUUGUUUUUUGUUGUUGUUUUUUUUCAUCACAUAUCGAUAUGUUUCAGACAUUCAUGGGAAUUAUUACAUCACACUGUAUGUGUCACACAUACAUGGGAAUUAUAACAUACCUUUUUUUGUAUUCUUCACAUCACACAAAUGGGAAAUGACACAUAUAUGGGUAUUAUUACAUGUUAUGUUUUUGUGAUUUUUCACAUCACAAAUAUAUAGGAAUAUGCAUUGAGUACAUAAUAAUGUAAUUAUUUGGAAGUCUCCGAGAGCUUAGAAACUUUAUUUGUUGAUUUUUAGCUCGCGUAUCAGCUAUUGUGAUCAUUCACUGUUCGGGAUAUUCAAACAACAUCACUUCUGAAACAUUUGAUUGAAGUUGAUGAAACUUGGACUGGAUGUUCCUUUGGUGGUCCUCAUCCAAGUUUGUUCCAACUGUUCUGCUAGGAUGCUCCUUGGGUCCGCCAGAGCUAAAAAUAGAAAAAUCUUCAAACAACAUCUUCUCUUAAACCGCUCGCCCAAUUUUUUAAAAUAAUUUUACACGUGACUCUUUACAAAGGUUGUUUAAAUAACUCUGUUUCAUAAAAAAAUAUGGCUGCCCGGGGGUCUGGUCACUUUUCUGAUAUGUAUGUAGUGGAAACUCUAAAAAUCUUCUUGUUUGAUAUUGUCAUAUCACAUCAUUCCCUCAACAUCUUACCCCACCUCCCAGCCCCACUAACACACACAUACACAUUACUUGCCUGUAUAUAUUUAGUUGAAACAUUUAAAAUAUUAUUAUCAGAAAACACUGGCACUAUUUCAGAAUAAUUUCACAGAUAUUUUCCUUGCAUAACCAUCUACCAAGACUAUUUGUGCAAGCAGCAUAACUGAGGUGAGAUAUCUGGGGCCAUCAUGGCCCUCUUGUUUCCAUUAUUACACUCCAGUUCACACACCAGUUUUUCUUAAAUUUACUGAUAAUCCAUUGACUUUGAUUAUGAGUCAAAGGAAAAAAUAUGACAAAAUCAAAUCACAAAAUCUGUGUGUAAAAGCCGACACAUUUUAUUAUAUAAGUAUGUGUACUUACGCCCUUUGUUUGAUAUUAAGAAUACCAGUUUUUUGUUAAAAAGAUACAGGAAACAUUUCUUUGAGAUAUGACUGUUUUAUUUAUUUUUUGUUAUUAAUAAAGAUUAGAGAUUUAAUCCAGUCUGUAGCAAAAGCAUUGUUUCACAGAACUUUAGUGCAUCUUAUUACUUUACUUAAGGACGUAUGCUGCAGUUUUGGGUAAAGAGAUUUCCCAUAAUAGAAUUUGUUCAAACUUUGUAUAUGAACACAGUGUCAUGUUAGAAACAGAAUUAUGAAAAAUAAUUAGGUCACCGAGCUUGUUCAGGAGUUAUCUGCCCUUGAAUAUGCAAAUUUGAAGAAAAAUCCAGUUUUAAGGGCAAAUAACUCCUAAACAAGCACAGUGACCUAUGAUUGUUUUUGCAUUUUUCUGUUUCUAACAUGAAACAGUGUUCAUAUACAAAGUUUGAACAGAUUCUUUGUCCCUUCUUUCAUACAAGAAACUGCAGCAAGUGUUUUUAACUCAUAUGUAUACAUGCUUUGAUUGAGUUUUGAACAAUUCACUGCUGAAUGGUUAUUGUUGAAAGUUGAUCAUUCACACAUGUUGUAAGUGAAGUUUUUUUAAACAUAUUUGAAUGUUGGCGGAAUAUAGAGGUUCCUGGUGUUAUUUCAAUAAAACUUUAUUUUAUAAAUGUAAA